CAAAAAAGACUUUUAUUUUGGCGUGGCGGUGUGACGUCAUAAGGCUGCGCCAUUCCUGCGCUGUGAUUCAACUGAAGAAAGGAUAAAGUGUCCAAACACAGAGAAAAACUCCAGCUGAAGCGACUGAUCUCAACACUGUUAUAAAGAUGGCGUUUAUUAAAGAGGAGAGUGAAGAUGUGAAGAUUGAAGAAACAUUCAGAGUCAAACAGGAAGAUCUGCAGGAACAAACAGAGCUGAUGGUGCUGAAAGAAGAGGCUGAUGAACUGAAUGAAAGGAAAGAGAAACACCAAGACACAACGACUGAUGAAAUACCCACACUAGCUAAGAAGACUUCAUCACGCGGGAGACCUCGGAAAUCCAAAUCUGAGUGUAUUUUCGCUUGUCAUCAAUGCGGAACCAGUUUCAAUCGAAAACACAACCUUAAAGUCCACAUGAGAGUUCACACCGGGGAGAAACCUUACACCUGUGAACAGUGCGGGAAGAGAUUUGCUAAAGUUCAUGUGUUUAAUGCCCACAUGAAAAUUCACACUGGAGAGAGGCCGCACACAUGCCAACAUUGCGGUAAAGGCUUCUAUCAUACAGGAAACUUUGCAGUGCACAUGAGAACUCACACUGGAGAGAGGCCCUACACAUGCACAGAGUGCAGUAGAGGUUUCAUAUGUAAGAGCACGCUCAAAUACCACAUGAUAAGUCACGCCAAAAAGAAGCCGUUUCCUUGCGAUCAGUGUGGAAAGGGCUUCACAACCAAAGCUAGCUUCAUGAACCACAUGAAUUAUCACACUGGAACCAUCGUGUUCACAUGUGAUCAGUGUGGAAAGAGUCUCGCACGUAAAGACUCCAUUAAGCAACACAUGAAAAAUCACUCAAGAGAGCAACGUUUUCGAUGCAGUGAGUGUGGAAAGGACUUUAAACAUAAACGAAGCCUCAGCACUCAUAUGAAGCUUCACAAUGGAGAGCAGAGUCCUCAAAAUUGAGGCCUUGUCCACACAAACGCGGGUGUAUUCAAAGCGGCAGCUUGUUCUUGUCGUUUAGCUGUUCAUUCCCAUACAUGUCAAAUUAGUGAGAAUGAAACCCUUCAAACACCUGAAUAUAUAAACUCAAUAACCGAAGAGGGGUGAAUAUUUUUAGUAAUCGUUUUGUAGUGUAGAUCAGGGCUCAUAAGACCAGGCUGCAAGAUUGCAAAAUAAUGAGUUUCAGCUUUAUUAUGAACCGAUAUUUGUGCACACUUGCAAAUUGUUUAUGAAUUUGCCAGUCAAAUGGUCAGCACUGAAAAGAAAAAAGAUUAGGGAGGAGGAAAUAUUUGGGGGGGAUGCAGGGAACAAUUAAGGAUUCUUAAUUAAGGACAGGUCCAGAAAUUUAACAUAAAUAUUUGCGAGUCUCAGCAACAAGUCACCUACAUCCUUAAGGCCCGUGCACACCAAGACGUAUUUUGCUCACGUUUUCUGUCGACGUUUAACGCCUCGUGACUAAAUAAAUAGCGUCAAUGUGAUCGUGCACACCAACGCGCAAAAUACCAGGCACAAAAGCGUCAUUUUUAAAAAAACGCAGACGUUUAACGCCUCGUAACUAAGUAAAGAGCGUCAAUGUGAUCGUGCACACCAACGCGCAAAAUACCAGGCACAAAAGCGUCAUUUAAAAAAAACGCCAACGUUUAACGCCUCGUGACUAAAUAAAGGGCGUCAAUGUGAUCGUGCACACCAACGCGCCAAA